AUGGCUACAAAAUUUAAUGACAUACCUGAUAACAUAUCUAGAUUUUCUGAUUUUAUAUCCGAACCGCACAAAAUGCUUCCACCUAUACAAGGAUUCGAAGACCAACUUUUAGUUUCACUCGAAGAUGCUGUACAACCACUUGAAUCUGAUGUACCAAACAUUAAGCAGAUGGUUUAUACGGUUAAAGCCAAUGUAAUUGAACCAGAAGACGGUUUAUCAAAGGAUGAAUCAAGUUCUAUUAUGCUCUACACUUUAGAAUGGUCACCUCCAGACAAAUCAUUUUAUACAAUUCUCAAUGAAAAACUUCGUUCUCGAAAUCGACAUCAAUUAAAACCAUGGUUUUCGUAUCUUCGACUUUUUAUGCAUGCUCUUUCAAAACUUCCACCAAGUGUACAUUCAGUUAUUUAUCGAGGAGUUAAAAUGGAUUUUUCUUCAAGCUAUCGCGAAGAAAAUGAUUUUGUAUGGUGGGGUUUUUCAUCAUGUACAUCAUCUCUUGGAAUUCUCGAAAAUCAUAUUGGUAAAACUGGAAAAAGAACUAUAUUUAAUAUAAUAUGUAAUACGAUAUUUAAUUCAGCUAAAGAUAUCAGUCGACAUUCAUUUUAUCCAGAAGAAAAAGAAGUUUUAUUGUAUCCUGCUCGACAAUUUAAAGUUAGUUCGUCGCUCAAUACUGGCAAUGAACUUCAUAUUAUUCAUAUUCAAGAAACUCAACCUCCCUUUUCUCUUAUUCGAAUUCCACCAACAAUAAUAUCAGAUGAUGAUUAUAUGAAACUUUCAUUUAUUAACAUUCUUCUUCUUGGUGAAAAAGGUGUUGGCAAAUCAACUUUCAUUAAUGCUUUUGUUAAUUAUCUUACAUUCAAAACAGUCGAACAGGCUCAAUCAAAUCGUCCUGUUGUGUUGAAACCUCUUUCGUUUGUUAUGUUGACGGAUGAUACAUUUCAACAAAGGACAAUCAAAUACGGAGAUUUCGAUAAUGAUAAUGAAUUAAUAACACCACGGUGUAAAACUUAUACAUUCGAUCUUAAUCAAAAUAAUAAGAAAAAAUUAUGUCUUAUCGAUACGCCUAGUUUUGAAGAUACACAAAAUUUUGAUCAAACUAAUUCCAAUACAAUAAAACAUAUUUUAGAAUAUGUUAAUAAUUUAACACAUCUAAAUGCUAUAUGUUUUCUUCUUCAACCAGAUGCAUCACGACUAAUGAAUAGUUUUCAAUCGUGUUUUGGUCAAUUAUUGAAUCGUUUAGGUUCAAACGCUCGAAAUAAUAUUAUUUUUUGUUUUACUAAUGCUCUUAUCACUUUUUCCAUGCCAGGAAAUACAGCACCACUAUUAAGAAAUAUGUUUAGUUCGCUUUCAAUGAAUGAUAUUCCUUUUACUCGAACAAAUACAUUCUUUUUUGACAAUGAAUCAUUUCGAUAUUUAAUGGCUAUACAAAAUGGUAUUAAAUUUGAUAAUGAAGAUACAAAAGAAUAUACAAUGAGUUGGUCAGAGUCCAUACAAGAAUCAAAUCGUCUUCUUAAUUAUAUUCUUACAAAUCUUAUUCCAUGUCAAAUUGUUAAGAAAAAAUAA